AUGAAUCCUUCUCACAUUCUAAUAACAUUGGUUCUUAAACUGGUUAUCACAACAGUGGUUGCAUUUGUACCUACAAGUCGUUAUUUACAGAGCAGCGUCGUUAUUAAUGAUAAAAUAUACUUCUUGGGUGGUAUCAAUGUUUCUGAAAAAGGCACUAACGAAUUAUUUUAUUUGAAUGUUUCUUUACCAUUCAGCACUGUAAAUCCUAAAUGGACUGAUCUCACAGCUAUUGCUCCUAUUCCCGUAUCUAGUGCUUUCUCACCUUCUUGUGUCGGUGGAAGCAAUAAUACUACUAUUUUUUUAUUUGAACACCGUAUAACAAAUCCUGUCAAUGCGUCUAAUUUAGUGACCUUUACCUUUGAUAUAGUGACUCAAAAAUGGAUUAAUACAUCAAUAUCAGGUAUUACACCACCACCCAGACAGGAAAUGAAAGCUGUUGCUGAUAAGAAUGGUAGAAUAUAUAUUUCUGGUGGAUAUGAUCCGUUUACAACCCAGAAAUCUUACAAUAAUACUUACGUAUUGGACUCUGUGAGUUUAACUUGGCUUAGUAGUUAUCCUAGUGCUCUGAUCAUUCGAUCCGAUUAUACUGCUACACUUUUACCAAAUGGGCAAAUAGUAUACAUAGGAGGGACAAAUGAUGACGCAAGAGCUACAGAAAUUGAUAUGACACAAGUAACUAAGUUUUUACUUGAUUGUGUUAAUUCUAUUAUUUUUUUGACAGUUUUAUUGUUCUUAUUAGAUAUCAAUUUACGAUACAAUUUUUGGAAAUUGGUCUUCGGUGGUAGUCCAACUGGCACUACUCCACAUAUUGGUAGUACACCACCUAGUGGCAGUACUUCACCUGGUAAUAAUAAUAAUAAUUCUCUCAUGAUUCCACUAGUUGUUGGUAUUGGAGGCACGAUUGUUGUUGGCAUUGUGAUUGCAGGCUUUAUUUGUUAUAGGAAAUAUCGUAUAGAUAUUCGUAAUAAUCCUUAUAUUGCUACUCCGGGUAGUGUGGCCAUAUAA